AUGGCGGCAGCUGAUUUCCUUGUUGUCAUAUCUGAUGUGUUGCUAAGGUGGCUUAUUAUGUAUUUCCCAGUAUCUUUCCUGGAUAUUACUUAUGUCUGCAGUUUGGUUACAGUGCUCAUUCCUGCAACCACAAUGAAUUCUGUUUGGUUGACUGUUGCUUUCACCUUUGAUCGAUUUGUGGCUAUUUGCUGCCAGAAGUUUAAAAGCAGAUACUGUACCGAGAAAACUGCAGCCAUAAUCAUUGGAACAGUGAGUGUGAUGAGCUAUUUGGAAAGCAUGCCCUGGUUUUUCAAGUUCGAAUCCAAAUACAUCUUCAAUAAUCUGCCAUGGUUUUGCAUCACAAAACCAGUAUAUUACACUUCAAUCUACUGGACCUUAUUUGGUGUAUUCCAUCGCCUUCUCUCCCCCACACUGCCAUGCAUUUUUAUUCUUCUUUUGAACACUCUGACCAUCAGAUAUGUUUUCGUUGUGAGCAAAGCCCGGAAGAGACUACAGAAGGACAGUGACAGGGAGAAGACCAGUGACCCAGAGAUGGACAAACGCAGAAAAUCUAUCAUUUUGCUUUUUGCUAUCUCAGGCAGCUUCAUUAUUUUAUGGUCCCCUUAUAUGGCAUGUUUCCUUUAUCAACGAAUCGCAUUACUGCAUGGUUAUUCUCCACUUUCCCGCACUGCAGGUACAAUUGCAUACCUGCUCCAGCUCCUCAGUACUUGCACAAACACUUGCAUAUACACAGUCAUCCAGAGGCAAUUUCGAGAGCAACUGAAAACAGUUAUGAAAUUACCUUUCACUCGAAUGCUCAGAUCCAUUAAACAAUGA